AUGGGUGUUUUUAGGGAGGAUGGAAGCAAACCUCAUGAUGUGUGCAACAUCACACCUCACAGAGUUCAAGGUUGUGGAGUGCAUGAGGGUGAAUUUGGCCAAUCUGGCUCUGGAGUACUCAUUUAUGGGAAAGAAUGUACAUCCAAGGUGAUCGUUGAAGCUAAAGAUGAUGAGAAGUUAGUAAGAUUCACACACAUUGAAGGAUUUCUUGUAGAAGAGUAUAAAAGUUUCGUGGUAACUCUUCAAGUGACAAACAAGGAUGAUGAAAUUACUGCAGUAACCAACACAUGCUUAGAUCAACUGGUAAGGGAGUUGUUCUAGCUUAACCAGAUGUCUUGGGUUCGAGCCCUGGGAACGCAGCAGUGUAUGUUGGGAGAGCUUUCCCUCCAAUUGGGGCCUGACCCGGCUCGAAUCCGGAUUAGUCGGAUCCAAAAAUGGAUUUCGGAAACCGGAUGGGUUCACAAAAAAAAAAAAAUUACUGCAGUAAAGUGGACUUCUGAGUUUGAGAAGUUUGACGACUA